UUGAAAGGGAAAGGAAGCGUUACUGAACAAAACAGAACUGAACAGUGUGAAAUAAAUUAGAGGGAGGAACCCUCGAUUUGUGCUUUCGCUCUAUCUUUUACAAAUUUUCCCUUUUUCUUGCUGUGUUGAGUUCAGUAAUUCCAGAAACAUUACGCAAUUUUCAAGCCGAACCCUACUAUCAACUAAGCACUUCUCGGUUUACAAUCUGGAGGUAUGAGUUCGUCUUCGGCAGAUGUUUUUCCAGCAAUUCAGGAAGUUAUGCUGGAGUUCCGUGCUGGUAAAAUGUUUCUCGAGGGAAAAAGGGUUGUUCCUGAUACACGAAAAGGGCUUGUUCGAAUUGUUAGGGCUGAGGAGGGAUUAGUUCAUUUCCAAUGGCUUGAUCGCACACAAAAUAUUGUUGAAGAUGAUCAGAUUAUAUUUCCCAAUGAGGCUGUUUUUGAGAAGAUUAAUCAAACAUCUGGAAGGGUUUACAUAUUGAAGUUUAAUAGCGAUGACAGGAAAUUCUUCUUCUGGAUGCAGGAGUCAAAUGCAGACGGUGACUUGCAACUCUGUAGCUCAGUGAAUGAUUACAUCAAUAGACCAUUGGAGUUAGGUGAAGAGGAGCCUGAGGGAUCUCUUCCACUUCAAGUGUCUGAAGACAUGGCUGAGGAUGACAUCACAUCUAGAGCUGCAAACUUAGGUAUCCCAAACUUGCGUGUGGAAGCAACUAGUGAUGUACCGUCUUCUGGUCGGGUUAGAUUGGAAGAUCUCCAGAGAAUAUUGAGUGACAUUGGGCCUGCAGAUAGUAUUGUUGAUCCUGAUGGAGGCUUGGGACUUGGCGAUAUAUUGAAGCCUGAUCUAAUAAUGCCAUUGAUGGAGACAUUACCUUUGGAGCAGCGUUUAGCUCCCUACUUACCUGAGGGUAAGUGGUCUCCAGAAGAGAUAUUGGAGUUGUUACAGAGCCCACCUUUCCGUCAGCAAGUAGAUUCAUUUACUUAUGUACUUCGUACUGGGCAGAUAGACUUGUCUCAGUUUGGAAUUGAUCCAAGUAAAUACAAGUUCACAGUUUUGUCUUUUCUUGAGGCACUUGAGGAUUCUGUUUCCGAGUCGUUAGAGUCUGAAGAAGCUAGGCAAGAUGAUCAGGAUUUAAGAUCUCAAUCUUGUAAUCGUCAUGACGCAAUGGAUGAAUCUCAGUAGAGUGGCUUAUUCAGCAUCGUUCUUUUUUUUUACUUCUAUAAAUACAAGAAUCAUCUCAUGUUUUUAUAUUUUUGGACAUUUUCUGCUUAAAAGAAAUUUAAAAUGCAGUAACAAGUUGCAAAUGUCAUUUGAGAAUCUUUAAAGGUUAUAUAGUGAAGUAUUGAUCAAUAAAGUCUAAGCAAUCUGCUUCCCGUU